UUAUUUAAGGGAUGUGAGCGUAUUUUAAGUGUUGCUGGAAACGCAGUCGAGAAGGGUGUAUGGGACGAGCAUUUAUUGGGCGAGUUGCACGCAAAACGAGCUGAUUCGUUGGCAAAGAAUAAAUUCGAUUCCGCGGGUUUCCUCGUCGAUGAAAAACCAAAGUUCGGAGCGACUCUCAUCGAUCAGUCGGGUUUGAAAAAGAAGGUGGUUUGGCGUUGGAAGGAAUUGACAAACGAAUACGAGUAUGUCUAUAAAGUGGUCGGAUUGAGCGAUAUGAUCGAACGACGCUCGUCGAAUGCGGAGAUGAGUGUGGCUGAGAUGGAUGUCUACUGUACGUUGUGUACGGCGAUCAUUUCGUAUUCUCAGGAAGCGGUUGACGAACACAUUCGCUCGUUGACGCACAUCAUCAAUUAUGCGGUUAGUGUUUGA